AUGGCCCGAAUGACAGACGAGUCCGCGGAGGAGCUCUUUGUCGACAAAGAGGGCAUCCCGCAUUGGGAUGGUGAGAACAUAGCUCUUCUACGGGAAUAUCGAAUGAGAGUGAUGGUGGAAUACAGCACGCAGUCGAGCGCAACGGAGGCCGGCAGGGAGAAGCGAGCGAACUUGGGCUUGCGCCCGACGCGCGGCCUCGCAGGCCGGGCGUGGAAGGCGGUGGAGCCUCUCCUGGACGACACGACGGCGCUCACACAGGACGGCUCGCACCAGAGGAUCAUCGAGGCUCUCGACCGCCUGGACAAGGUAGCAGUUGUACGCAAGCAGCAGAAGUUCGACGACUUCUUCAAACGGUCUCGCCGCAAGCGCGGCCAGGAUAUCGUUGAGUACUUGAGGACUUUCCACAACAAGUACAACGAGCUGACGGAGCUCGACGCCGGGACGAAGCUCAGCGACGACCUCUACGCGCACUUCCUCCGCGAGGGGGCGAUGCUGACGGACAACCAGAAGCGGCUGGUCACGAUGGUGGCGGACAACAAGUACGAGACGAAGGCUUUCGAGAACACGUUGAAGACGAACUACCACGACCUCCACCUGCAGGAGGAGACUCCUCGGCCGCCGCCACCCCAUUCAGCCGGGCGCCCGAAGGGCGGAGGCAGGGGCAAGGACAAGUCCAAGAGGAAGCGUGGCUUCUUCAAGGCUGAGGGGGCGCUGACCUUCGAGGAGCGCAAGGCGGAGAUCGCGAAGGACAAGCAGCGCACGCACUGCGGGGCGCGUGGCAAGCUCGGCCACUGGGCCGGGGACCCGGAGUGUCCUAUGGGCCCGAAGAAGCCGAAGCCGUCAGCAAAGCCGAAGGGCCGAGCAGACCCACGCGGGCGAGCAGCGGCGCUCUCGCGCCCGGCCUGGAGCAGCUCUUCGGCCUCAGGCAGCAGCCCGCACCCACUAAGCAGCACCAGCGCCAAGAAGCGGAAGGACGUGACCCUCUUCGUGCUGGACGACGUGGAGCAUGACUCUGCCUUCCUGGUGAGCUCGGACCGUGGCUCCGACCUCGGCUCCUUCAAGCUCGUGGGCAGCGACGUCGGCGACAGCACGAGUGUGGUCAGCGACAGCUUCAGCACGGCCCCGCCGACGGUGAAGGACGACGAGGUGCUACCGUGCCCGAAGUGCUCCCAGGCGCUGGUGGCUCGUCAGAACCAUCGGGCAGGCGGCUGGUUCUUCGGGUGCAGCUGGUUCCCGGACCGCGCUGAACUACAACGAGGGCGAGCAGCGGCUGCGCGAGGCGCGGCCGCCGCCGUCUUCGGCUUGAGCACCCUCCACCCCGGGGCCCAGAGGGGCCCCAUCAUGGUGCUUAUGGUGAGUGAAGACAGUGACUCGUCUGACGUACUAGUGGCGCUCAUCGACACCGGUUGCGCAAGAUGUACGCACGGCAAGCGCUGGCGGGAGUUGUUCGAGAAGAGGUGCUUGCACCCCCGUGGCCUGGAGAUCAAGAUGACGGGCCGCUCGAGGAGCUUCUCCUCGGCCUUCGGCAAGAGGCAGGAGGGGCGCGUGGUCGAGAUCCUGGUCGCCCUCGGCGGCCGCCGCGGGGUGAUCUUCAGCGCGGAGAUGGAGGACUGCGACACCCCGCUCUUGGUCAGCCUGGCGUCGCAGGAGGCGCUGGGCGCCGUGCUCCACCUGAAGGAGAUGCGGAUGGAGCUGCACGCUCGCGGUGGACGUGCAGCUGCUCAAGGUGGGCGUGACUUCGAGUUCGGGGCCCGCGACAAUCGGGGCUCGGAGUUCUUCUUCGCGCAGGCGCAGAAGGAGUCGGCCUUCGAGGGCUCCGACGGCGAGGAAAUCCGGGUCGAGGAGGAGGUUGGCCACGCCUUCCCGUCGAAGGAUCGCGGCGCGCUCGCCACCGAUGCGACAGGGAUCCUCUCCAAGGCGACUCGGAAGAAGCUCGAGUCCACCCGGCGAGAGCUUCGCGGAGAGGAUCGACGCCUACGAGGAGAGCUACUUCGGCCGAGGUUCGAGGCGGAGCGUUUCGUGACCGCCGACUUCCAGACGACGGUGGUGUUUGAGCCGUUCGGUGAUGAGCACAUCCUGACGCGCUACGGUGCGAAGGAGUACGGUUGGAUGCAGUCUCAGCCGUUGGAUGUGGACCACUCCCCCGACUACGACCUGCUCAAGGGCCCUGGACGGGCCUUGCUCUACUGGAUCCUCGACCUGCACUGGCCUUACGUCACAGUGCUGGCUUUUCCUUGUCAUCCGUGGUCCCUGAUGACCAACAUGAACAAGCUCACCGACUGGGGGGAAGUCCGCAGGAGUGCUCGCCGUUAUUUUCUGCUUGUUCGGCGGGUAUCUCGAUGCGUGCAUGGGAGAGGACGGUAUGUCUUGAUAGAGCAGCCGUUGACAGCACUUUCUUGGAAGUACGAUGACAUCCUGAUACGUUUGUGGGAUUUGGAAGGCGUUGUGUUUGUGCGUGGAGAUCAAUGCGCCCACGGAGCCUGCGACAAAGACACGGGCAAGCCGAUCAUGAAGCCGACAGGGUGGGUCACGAACAGCGCGGCGGUGGCGAACCACCUGAGCAAGCACAGCACAUGUCCGCCCGGAACUCGGGUGGCUAAGGGCGCAGCAGGCGGCAGCUACCCUGUGGGCCUCGCGAAGGCCUUCUGUCGCGGCGUGCUCCAGCAGAUGCAGAUCGACUACCGCAGCUCGCUGGUCAUGGAUGCGGCCUUCCUGGUGGAGGAUGCUUUCCCUCGCGAGCGUUCGCGAUCGCGGAGCCCGCCGCGGGGAGAGCCUGUGCCAGAGGAGGUGCACCAGGAGGGCCCGCCUCUCGGAGAGGACGCGCCGCCUGCCGAGGCGGCGGCGGAGGCCCCAGAGGCACCGGCCGAGGUGCCCGCUGGGCCCAGGCGCAGCCGAGCGCUUGCUCGCCGCGAGCGCGGCGCGCCUCCCGGCGGACGCCCGCUGGGCUUUCGCCGGGGGCGGCGUGCGCAACACGGCGAGUUCGAGCUGUUGACGGUGGAGCUGCGUGCUGAGCUGGACGCGUUUCGGAGCUGGCACAGGAGGCUGCUGGAGAAGAUGGGCGAUGAUAUCGAGACGAUCAUCUGGGGCUCGGACCUCUUCCUGGAGGAGCUGGGAGGAGUCAUCAGCGAGCCGCUGAAGAUGGUGAAGGCCAGACGCGGAGGUCAGCGGCCCCAGACGGUGCAGCCGCAGCUGCACGCCGCAGACGCCCCGCUCAGGAUGGUCACCGCGCUCAAGGGCGACCAGCUCUUCAGGCUAGACUUCGAGGACUGGUCGCAGCAGUCCCUGCAGGCACGGCGGCGCUGGUUGCCGAGACAUCUACUCGAGAACGACGUUGUGGUCUUCUACUUCGCAGGCUACGAGCGUGGCGACCUGCCCGAGGGGCCGGCUGCUGCACAGCAGCGGGACGCCUCGCGGGAGAGGAAGCGACGCCGGGAGCUGUUGCCGAGGGCCGUCAAGAGGGCGAUCGAGAGGGCGCACGUGAACCUCGGGCACCCCUCGCGACCAGCGCUGCUCAGUGCGCUGCGCCUGGGCAAGGCGACGGCGCUGGCGCUGAAGGCGGCGAGGCUCUUCGUCUGCGAGAGCUGCCGGCGAGCGCAGCGACCCGGCAUCCCGCGCCCGAGCCAGCUCCCGAGGGUCGACGAGUUUAACGUGCUGCUCGCGAUGGACUGCUUCGAGAACGUCGACAGCGCCGGCAACAACUGGGAGUUCCUGGGCGUCAUGUGUAUGGGGACGAAUUUCCACGUGGUCUGCCUGCUGGAGGACACUCGCAAGAACCCCAAGGCCUCGGAGGUUAGGAAGUUCUACGAGCUCUGCUGGGUCUCCUGGGCUGGCCAACCGGAGGAGGCGAUCAUGAUGGACCGCGCGCGGUCCUUCCUAGGCGAGUUCGCGGACUACCUGGAGCAGGAGGGCGUGCGCCUGGACUCGGCCGCUCUGGCUUCGCCGUGGCACAUCGGCAAGAUGGAGCGUCGCGACGGCAUCUGGAAUUCGAUGCUCACGAGGGUGGUGCACGACAAGCAGGUGGCGGGCCUUGAGGAGAUGAGGACGGCAGUGACGAAGUGCAACAGGGCGAAGAACACGUUCUCCCGGCGGGCUGGCUUCAGCCCCUACCUCUGGGUCCUCGGCCGGGACGUUCGCCUCCUGGCGAGCCUCGCGGACGACGCCGAGGUGGAGCGCGUGGGCGAGCAGGUGGCAGCGGCUACGCCGGGCUCGCGCUUCGCCCGCAAGGUUGAGAUCAGGACCCAGUGCAGGAUGGCCUUCAUCCAGACCGACACGGAGGAUCGACUUCGACGAGCGGAGCUUCGACAAAUACGACCGACGAGGGGGCCGUUCCUUGCGGGCCAGUGGGUGCUCUUCUACGACCAGGCGCAGCCAGCCAAGCAUCAGCAUCGGCCUGAGCAUCCAGGCAACUGGCGAGGGCUGGCGCGUGUGAUCGGCCAUGAGGGCCGGCAUGGAGUGUGGCUCGCCUUCCGUGGCCUCACCGUGCUUGCGAGCCCGGAGCACCUGGCCGCAGCGACGGGCCACGAGAUCCACGCCUGGAGAUCGAUUGCGCAGGAGCAGGAGCAGGAGCUGGUGCACGACACGCCCGUCAGUGGCGGCAGCGGCUUCGUGGACCUGCGAGGCCGGCCCAAGCCCCCCGCAGCGGCGGGGCAGGAGCCCGCCGAGCAGGGCGACGAGAGCGGCAUGGACGUCGGGCCGCAGGCGGAGGUGCCGGAGGAGCCGCAGCCCGCCCCGGCCCCGCCCGAGCCGGAGGACGUGCCCGCGCCGCCCGACUUGGAUUUCGACGCGGCGGAGUUUGACGCAGCGACGCAGGAUAUCAUGAGGGACGACGACGACGGCUGGCACCCAGACACCCACGGGGUGCACUCGGAGCCCGAGCCGAGAUCCAGCUCCCAGGCGCCCAUGGACUCGGCGGCGUUCGUGUUGGACAACGACCUGGGCGAGUUCUCGGAGGCAGGCUUGGAGACGUACCAGCAGGAGUUCAUCUUCGGGCUGACGCGGAACGAGUUCGAGCACGCUUUCCUGACGCAGAAGCCUGGGAGGAGGGAGAUCAAGCUCGGCAGCCUUCCGGAGGAGCAGCGCCGGGUGUUCCUGGAUCGAGGUGGCAGCCGCGACGCAGAGUGGCGCUCCUGGCAGGACUUCGACGCAGCCGAGCCGGUCCCGCCAGAUGAGAGCGAGGCGCUUCGCUCGGACAAGGCCAACAUCAUCAUCCCGAUGCGCUGGGUGGACACGGACAAGAACGACGGGAAGUACGAUGAGGCCGGAGCCCCUCUGCCGCUGCUCGCGAAGAGCCGCCUGGCCGUGGUGGGCUUUCGCGACCGCUUGCUGGGCAUGUUCAGGCGGGACGCCCCCGCUGCCUCGCGACUGGCGGAGGCGAUGCUCCUGACGCUGGCGGCGGCCAUGGGCAUGGCCCUCUCCCUGGGCGACGUCAAGAACGCCUAUUUCAAUGGGCAGGACCUGCAGCGCGAGGUCUACCUGGAGCAGCCCCGAGGGGGCCCACCUGGCCUUGUCCCGGGCCAGCUGUUGAGGGCCCGCAAGGCCAUCUACGGCUUCGCGGAGGCAGCGAGGCUAUUCUGGCUAGCGCUGCGUGAUGCCUUGCUGGCCGACGGUUGGCUUCGAUCGCGCCUGGAGCCGGCUCUCUUCUACAAGCGCAUGGACGGGCAGCUGAAGGGCAUGGCGGUCUCGCACGUUGACGACGUGUUGGUGGCGAGGAUGAAGGACAUGCAGCUGCCGGACCUCCCGCUGAAGGUCCUGGGCACGUUCCAGCGGAAGUGGAACGAGCUGCCCUUCACCUUCCGCGGCCGGGAGUUCUCGAGUUAUCCGAGUUGUUUCGUGGUUAAGAUGGUGAACUACGCGACUUCCCUCAAGCCGAUCAAGAUCCCGGCAGCCUGGAGGAAGCAGUUGCAAGAGGACCUGAACGAGGACGAGGCGAAGGAGUUGCUGCGGGUCUCCGGCGAGACCGGCUGGCUAGGUCGACAGUGCCGACUCGACCUGGCCUUCCUCGCGGGCGAGCUGCAGAGGGCCCGAGCGGCCCCGUGUGUGGCGGACCUGGUGAAGGCGAACCUGGCGGUGUCCGAGGCCAAGAAGGGCGCCGAGGUCGCGUUGGUCUACCCGGCCAACUUGAGGCUGUCCAGCGCUGCGGCCGGCGCGGCCGUGGACGCGGGCCAUGCGAAUGGCCCAGAGCACGACGACAUCGAGCGCUACAACAUCUUGGCCGGACAUCAGGCACCAGCGGCGGCGCUGGACUGGAAGAGUGGCAUGACUCAGCGAGUGCGCCGCUCGACCUUGGCGGCAGAGGCCAGUCACCUGGUAGACGCAGUGGAGGCCGUCGACUGGGCGGCGGUGCUGUUCAGAGAGGCGAUGAAUGUCUCGGUGGACUUGCUCAAUUGGCAGGGGGAGGUGCAGCGGCUUCCCCGCUUCUGGGCGACGGACGCGAAGUCCGUCUACGACCGCCUCACGAAGGAGGGCUCGACGAAGAGCAAGGACAAGAGGAUGGCGAUCGAGGGCGCUCUGCUCAGAGAGGUGUUGCGCUGCGAGGACACCCGCCUCAGGUGGAUCGACGGCUCGCAGAAUAUCGCCGACGUGCUGGCGAAGCUAGGGGUGGGCAAGGUCUACCUGUAUAAAGUGCCGCGGGAGGCCAAGUGGCGCUCGGUGCAGGGCCCGGCGGCGGCGGCGCUAAAGAUGAGGAAGAGCAUGCAACGUGCUAGCCGCAAGACCGCCAUCGAUUCAAGGAAGACGGAGAAGAGGCAUAAUGACAAACUCGUGAGAGCUAGUGAGAUGCGGGACAUCGCAGAUUGA